AUGGCUCAUUCCCUGUCACUCCUCUCUCUCUCCCCCCUUUUCUAUCGAUGUCUAUUUCUCGCUCUGCUUUCUCUCUCACCUGCUUUUCUGUUCUCUUUCUCUCACUUCUUUUGCUCUCUCUCUCUCUCUCUCUCUCUCUCUCUCUCUCUCUCUCUCUCUCUGUUUUGUAUUUCGGUCACUCUCUUUCCCUUCAACCCACUUUAUAUCAUUGUUUUAUCUCCCCUGUAUGCAUCAUUUUCUUUUCUCUUUCGCGCUAUUUUUUUUAUUUCUGCAUUUCACUUCUUUUUUUUUCUCUUUCUCACUCUUCCCCUUUCUCUAAUCAUACUCUAUCUUUCUCUCUCCCUCUUUCUCUCUCUCUCUCUCUCUCUCUCAUUUUGUGUUUUGCUUUCUUUCUUUCAUUUCCCUUGCUUUCACUCUUUUCCUCUUCUUUCUUCCUUACCAUUAAUCUCUCUCUGUGUCUCUCUCUGUCACUCUAUCUAUCUAUCACUCUUUCUCUUUGCUUAUCUUUAUUACUCUCUUAAUCUAUCUCUUUUUAUAUUCACUUUCUUACCCCAUUUUUCCUCCUCCUCCUCCUGCUCCUUCUUCUUCUUCUUCUUCUUCUUCUUCUUCUUCUUCUUCUUCUUCCUAUCUUUUAUCUCUCUUAACUGUCCUAAUACGCUCUUUCGGAUAUCAGAUGAUCUUCAUCAGUGUCACGUGAUUUUCCACCGUGAUCUUCAUCGACGCCAACAUCAGAUACUGUUCGGUGCAUUCUUUUCUUCAUUAGUCUAA